AUGGCAGAAAAAUAUAAUGCGCCAGACGAAUUAACUCGCUUCUUCGACGAGUCCGACUGGGAAUUGGCUCAGAAUAUAUAUACCGAGAUAAACAAAAAAUGGGGUUCCUUUACAAUAGAUCGAAUGGCGAGUUAUCGAACAAGGAAGGACGUUACUGGAAAAAGCAUACGAGACUAUAGAACCCAAAUCAGUAUAUGGGAAACGCCUUAUAGCGUUAUGGAAUGA